AUGUCUGACUGGGGAUUGACAAACACGGACAAUCAAACGAUCCAGUACUGUUUCCCAAACCACAAUCUGUCAUGCACCAGAAACAGCCGACUUGAAUUUGAGUACAUUAUUGUGUAUAUUUUCGUUUCUGCAAUGUCAGCGCUCACUGUGAUUCUGAACCUGCUGGUGAUCAUCUCCAUCUCUCACUUCAAACAGCUUCACACUGCAACCAAUGUGCUGGUUCUCUCUCUGGCAGUGGCGGAUCUGAUGUCAGGACUCAUUCUUCUGCCAGUGCAGGGCAUAAAACUCAUUGAGUCAUGCUGGUACUUUGGAGAAAUAUUUUGUUCAAUUUUUCCUCUGGUUCUUUAUGUGGUUGUUUUAGUGUCUCUUGGUAAUAUGAUUAUAAUUUCUGUGGAUCGGUUCAUUGCUGUGAACGACCCUUUGCGAUACCCCAUGAGGGUCACUCAUAACAGAGUUGUUUUCUCAAUUGUUGGAAACUGGUUGUUUUCCACAUUUUAUUCUUUUUAUCUCUUGUAUGACUUUUUGCUGUAUCCAGAGAGAAAUCACAAAUGCCUUGGCGAAUGUGUACUUGUCGUCACGUUGGAGAAUUUGAUUAUAGAUGCCAUUGUUUGUUUAGUGGCACCAUGUUUUGUUAUCCUUUCUUUAUAUGUGAAAAUUUGCAUCGUAGCAAAACAUCAAGCUGAGCAUCUAAAUUCAUUCACAGCUAAAAAGGCCAAUUCGGAAAAAAAGGCUACAAGAACCUUAGGGAUUGUAGUACUGGUCUAUAUUCUCUGCUGGCUGCCAUAUUACUUGAUAACUCUGUCUCUUGGGCAUCAUGAAAACGAUGCUCUCAUCAUUAAUGUCAUGUACUGGAUUAUAUGCCUGAAUUCUUGCAUGAAUCCACUCAUCUAUGCAAUGUUUUAUCCAUGGUUUAGAAUAUCAACAAAAUACAUUUUGACUUUGAAAAUAUUUGAACCAUCUUCAGAAUACUUUAAUCUGUUUCCAGGGGAGAAGUGA